UUGAAAACUCACGAAAAUAUGUUAAGAUAGGAAUAUAAAUGCCUUAAGAUACUCAAACAGUUUUCAUUCACUUCAAUCGAUGUAUUUCAGAAUGACGCUUCGAGGAAGAUGGCCAUCGAAGGUGAGCAAGAAAUACGAAGGAAAUGUCGUAAUGUUAAGUUCAAAAUCUUUCGCUUCUUCCGAGUAGACUUCAAUCCUGUGGUCACAUUUGUCUCCGCGGCUAUAAUCUGGGGAUUCGUAAUAUUUUGCCUGCAAUGGACGGACACAGCUAAGCAAGAAAUCCCAACAUGGAAGGAUUGGAUAACUCUAACUUGGACAUGGCUGUACGUCGGGACACAAGACAUAUGGGCAAUAUUCAUCCUCUAUCUGCUCUUCUCCAAGUAUGGCAAGUUAAAGCUCGGCAAGCCCAAUGAUAAACCAGAGUACAGUGACUCUACUUACUUCACUAUGCUGUUCGCUGCUGGCAUUGGUGUUGGACUGUUCUACUUUGGUGUCGCAGAACCAAUCUAUCACUACCAACCCAGUCAUAAAACGGACUAUGGAAACCGUUAUCAAGGAAGGUAUUCAGAUAACCAGCGUGCACAAGAUGCCUUGAAUCUAACCCUUUUUCACUGGGGUGUACAUGGAUGGGUGGUCUAYRCUCUCAUUGGACUCAUCCUCGGAUAUUUAUCCCACUGUAAAGGCAUGCCCAUGACCAUGAGAUCAUGUUUCCAUUCUCUUCUUGGUGACAAAAUCUUUGGUACACUUGGUGACUUCAUCGACAUCCUGGGCGUGGUCUGCACCAUGCUUGGUGUUUGCACUAGUCUUGGUCUCGGGGUCGUCCAACUUAAUAGCGGCUUCCACCGUAUGAAUAACAACAUUACCCAGAGCAAAGAAACCCAAGUUAUCAUCAUCUGGUGCAUCACUGCCUUGGCCACUGCAUCUGUCAUCAGUGGUAUCAAACUGGGCAUCCGUCGUCUGAGUGAGAUCUGUUUUUCAAUCGGCACGUUACUGUGGCUUGUGAUCUUCUUCUACGAUGACACUUGGUACAUUCUGAACGUCUCCGUGCAAACCCUUGGCUACUACAUGCAGUGGCUGGUGCAGCUGGGCUUCCACACCGAUGCCUUUGCACAGCCUGGAGACGCUCCUGACAAGAAGCAAGCACCACAAUGGAUGAACGACUGGACCAUCUUCUACUGGGGAUGGUGGAUCGCUUGGUCACCUUUCGUUGGUACCUUCGUUGCAAGAAUAUCCCGUGGACGUACCAUUAGAGAGUUCAUCAUGUACACUCUGACACUCCCUACAAUAUAUUCUCUGCUGUGGUUCUCUGUAUUUGGUGGUGCAGGCCUACGCAUGGAGCGAGCAGCAGCCAAUGCAAAUAUCACUUGCAACUCUCCACUGGGUGGAUGGAAUUCGACGGAGUCCCUUGGAGGUCUGUACCGGCUCUCCUGCCGUCCUUCUGUCAACAUGUGGUUUGACCUGAUGGACCAAUAUGGCGGUCUUGGGGAUUUCCUGUCCGGCAUGUCCAUCGUGGGUUUAAUCCUGUACUUUGUGACCAGCUCAGACAGUGGUUCUCUGGUGAUUGACAGCUUAUCAGCCAAUGGCCAUCCAGAUCCACCGGUACUUCAAAGGAUCUUCUGGGCGCUGACCGAAGGAGCAACUGCUACAGCUCUUCUCUGGACAGGUGGUACCAAGGCUCUUUCAGCUCUCCAAGCAGUUUCUAUUUGUUCCGGGCUCUUCCUCACGGUAUUACUCAACUUUGUCUGUAUUGCUUUGUGGAGGCUUUUGAAGAUCGAAGUUGGUGACCUAGAUCCAAAUGGACCACAGUUCACUAUGGGGCUACUAGAUAUCUUCUACCAUCCCUCUUACAAGCUAUUUGCCAGGCUUAUCGUAGCAAUCUUUGCUCCAUGGUGGCCAAUUGGGAGAGCUGCUGGGAAGUUAGGCGGCUCCAUUUCCUACCGCUAUUUUGCUAUGGUAAUCAUGGCUAUUCCUUUCUAUGGCUGGGUCAUUCUAGAGAUCCUCCAAGUGCUCGAGAUUGGCUUGGCGUACGUGGGCUGGGCUGUACUGUUCGGCUUUGUUGUAUUUGCGGCUGGUGUUCGUUCGCAGAUCCGAGAUCAGUAUGAAAUCAUUGGUAACCUUGCAGAAGAUUUCUUUGCGGUCCUCUUGCUCUAUCCAUUGGCAGCAUUACAGAUGGAAGAGGAAAUGGGCGACCAUCCAAGACCUAAUACUGAGAUCGGUGCGUCUACAUACACCCUGGAUACCUUGUCCGAUAAAAUCACCCAGGAAAUCAAUGGUGCAUGUAAUAAGAAUCAAUAUAACCAAGCAGAAAAGUUGUAA